GGCUCGUGCGGAAGCCUGCCCCGUGGUCCAAGGAGAGCGGCCUCACGGAGAAGAAGAUCCGCGAGCUGGUGCAGCAGUGCAUCUCCCAGCACGCGGGCAGCACCAAGGGGCCCCCAUCGCCUACGGCACCAGCGUCAUCAGGAGCGGGCGCCAGUUGCAAGGAGCAGGCGCAGCUCGUGCAGGGCAACAUCCAGCAGCGCACGGAGCUCCAGGCGAAGAUCAACUUCCACGAGAAGAGCCUCAAGGAGUGCAAGAUCGUGGAGGCAGAGGGCGGCCCAAUUCACCUCCUGCACCAGCGGGCCCUCGACGUCCUUCGGCAGCAGGCGCGUGAAUUGCGCCCCCCAGGCGCUGCUUACAAGGCCUCGUCCCAGAAGCUCGCGCGGUGCAUGCAGCAGCUGGACCGCUUCACGAGCGACCUGCAGGGCCUGGAGGCGCAGCUGGAGGCUACCCAGCGCAAGAUCCAGGAUAAGCAGGAGGCCAUUGCGGCUAAACAGGCUGAGGUGGAGGUCCUGCGCAAGGAGAAUGCGAAGCACGAGCAAACCAUGCAGGCUGCACGUGGUGAGAAGCCCCACCCAGUCAUCAAGGAGGAAGACUUGGUUGGCUUCGACCUCGCCGAGCAGCUCGACGACGAUGGCGCGAAGGAGGCCCUCGAGCAGUUCAAGGCGAGCCCCCACUUCGGCAAGAUCCAGGCGGCCCUCCGCAAGCAGGCGGCGGAGAAGCUGGCUACGGUCAUGGCUGAGGAACCUGGAGGCGAUAAGCGCGGAGCCGCCUGGGUGGAGCUGGCCAAGGAUGACGUCGGCGCCCUCUGGCAGCAGCUCCUCAGCAGCGGACAGCAGCCUACGGACUGGACCAAGGAGAAGCUGGACGACGCCUUCACGCAGGUCCAGCACAGCAAGCACCGCAGCGGGCUACUGGCUGCCAGCGCUGGCGCCAAGCAGCUACACGUACCAGCAGCGGUCACCAUCACGCACACCUUCGAGACCUUCAACGCCAACCAGGGAAAGCUAACCCUCCAGAAGCGGCUGAGAAGGUCAACAGCAAUGGUCAUCAUGGCUCAGGAGAUAGGCUACGGCAUCGAUGACUGCGAGAGCCUCUCUUCUUGGGCAACGGCGCGCGGCUGGCAAAGCCUCAUCGUGCCAGGGCUGCCCUCACGAGGGUACCUCCCCUCCGCAGGCCUGGCAGUCUUCGCCAGGGAGGGGGUCGGGCUGCGCGGGCCCACUUACCCUGGCGAGGCCCCGCCCAGACGUGCAGGCAGCGUCAACGAGACCAUUGCGCACGGCACCGAGCUUGUCCGUGGCAGGGCUCAACACGUCGUCGUGGAGCUGCCGAACUGGCCGCCGCUCAACGUCGUCAACGUGUACCUCCACACAGGGGAGGGCAUGAGCAGCCGCAGCGCAAGUAUACUCAUGACGGUAGGGCUCGCGCUUGCGGGCCAGGCGCACCACGGCAUCAUCGGCGGUGACUGGGACAUGGACGUGCAGGUUGUCAAGAACUCCGGCUUCCCCGUGCACGCGCAGCUGGAGAUGGUCACCCCGAGGCGCGCGACCUGCAGGACAGCGGCGUCGGUGUCAACCAUCGACUACUUCGGGCUGACCACGGGAGCCAUGCGCAUGCUAGCUGCAUGCAACGCAGACUUGACCUGGUCGGUAAAGCCGCAUCGACCAGUUCAGCUUCAACUGACAGCGGAGGGCACCAAGCUCAGGUACCUCACCUACGUAGGCGGUGCGAAGAUACCAGCGCAGAUUGUGCACGGACCUUUCCUCGAGGAGAGCAGCUGGUCCCUGGAGCGCAGCUUCGCUGAGCAGGCGCUGAGCAUGGCCAAGGAGGCGCCUGCUGCAGUCGCCUGGCGUUUCCUCUCGAAGGCUUGGGGCAGAUGGGCGACCAGGGCAGCCUCGAGGCUCGGGCACCUCACUGGUACGGAGACGCGGGCCAGCGCCUACGCGCGUCCGCUCCAAGCCAAGUGGGUCGAGCGUGAGCACCGGGUCCUCACGGAGGAUGAGGUACAGGCGGUCGCGGAUGGAUGGAAGUGGCUGCAGGACUGCCUGGCGGGCCUCAUCACCGCAAAGGCGAACGCCAGGACACCCGAGGGCCGACAGUUUCUCGACAACGAGCUGCAAGGCUUCCUCAGUGUAGACUACUGUGGGCAGAACCUCAGCGCGAGGCUCGACGCAUCAGUUCGGCAUGCUCGGCAGAUUGCGCAGAGGAGUUUCAGCAGUGAGGACAUCAUGACCUUCUCGGAGGAGAUCGACGAGGAUGUUAACUUUGCCAUGCAGCUAGCGAACAAGGAAUCUUCGAGGCGCUGGAGAGAAUGGUGUGACGGGGCCUGUGCGGGCGGAGCGGGGAAGCUCCACAAGGUCACUCGCGUGCGAGCAGUUCAGGCCCCCACCACGGUUAACGACUCGGAGAACGGCAUCACAGGGCACCCGCACUUUGUAGUCAAGGAUAUGGAGGAUACGCACGCAGCGCUGUGGAAGGCGGUGAAGGAGAGUGUCAUCCUGCAGGCGGUCGAGGCGGGCAAUGCCUUUUUCAAUGUGGCUAAGCAGCUCGGCGCCCGUAUUAAUGAUAAGCUUGCUGUGGUGGCCAGGUCAAAUGGGAUUGGGAAGGAAGUGGUGCGACAGCUGCAACUUCCUGCUGACAUGAAUCGCAGUCGGGCGACCUACCUGGGCACUGGCUUCGCGGGGGCACGGAGGAGGCGAGGGAAGCUCCUCCGCGCCAAGCAGCAGGCACGCCACAAGAUCUACAAGCAGAGGCUGCGCAAGCUGGGGCGAUUCAGACAUCGACUACCAGGACAGCAGACGCAGCGCACGGCCAAGAUAUUCCGAGCUGGAGCUCGACCUGCGGCCACGUUCGGCGUGGAGAUCACGGGUCUCACCGACAGGGAGCUCCACAAGCUGCGAACAGACUUCGACAAGUUCCGCAAACCCUGUCAUGGGGGCGUCUCGGCCUCGGCCAAGGUGGUGCUACUGGGCGACCCCACAGUGGCGAUUGCGAUGGCGCCAGUGCUGCAGUGGUCGCGGAUGGUCUGGAUGGCACGAGACCUAGCGGGCAAGCUUGGCCUUGGUGAGGGCAAGCGUGCCACUUUCGACAUCCUAGCCCCCCUGGUCUCCAUGCGCAGCAAACGGUACACGGCGCACCAGAAGUUCUGCAUCAUGAAUGUAGCGCGCAGUGGAGUCUGGGAUGACGAUGCUAGUAUGGAGAUCGCUACUGACGGCUCGUGCACCAAGCCGCCCAUCAAGGAAUUCCAGCGAGCAGGAUGGAGCCUCGCCCUGCUGGACCCCCGCUCAGACAUGCCGCUGGCGACCAUGCACGGAGCAGUACCCGCAUCCUUACCCCAAGAGUCUGCCGUCGGAGAGCAUCUAGCGGCAGCCUUCGUGUCUCAGGUUGCAGACCGACCCUGCACCGUCUACGCCGACUUCAAGGGCGUCAUCCAUCUGGGCAACAAGCAGAAAGAGCUGCAGCUGAAGGCCAGGACCCCCUAUGCGUGCAUCGCCCACUUCGCGCAGUCGCCCGACGGCUUCACGCACGUGCAGCAGUGCGCCCACGUCAAAGCGCACCGCUCUGGGGACGAGUACGCAGCGCUCUCCGACAGCCAGAGGAGGAUAACGGACGCGAACAUUGUAGCGGACCGCAGGGCCAAGGAGGCAGCGGCGAUCCACCCCGCCCCCGAGCUGCAGGUAGUCGAGGAGAUGCAGAAGGGCGUAGACAGAAUAAACCAGUUAGCGAAGCUGAUCGCCCACGUCAUGCCCAUCUUCGACAAGGACGACCAAAUCAGGUGGACCAGGAGGGCACCGACCUGGCGGAGAGCAGCGAGCACAAGGAAGGCAACAUGGCACCAAUGGCAAGGUGGCGAGCUGGGCGUGCAAUGCAUCACCUGCUUACAGUUACACAUGCCUGGGCAACCGCUCCCCCUCACGGGGUGCCCUGGGACGCCCACUUUCCUGCUGGACCAUCGGCGCAACCCCAAUGGCCACAAGCUGGUCGCGGUCAACCAGAAGGGCACCUUGGAGAGCGACGGGCAGGACACCUACAGGCCAGUGUUCAUCUGUGUCAAGUGUGGGGCUUGGGCGCUGCAGCGGCGCAAGGGCCUCGAGGUCCUCCACAACCUGAGGCGUGGCUUCGGUCCCUUCAAGAAGCUGAAGAAGUUCAUCGACAGCACCACCCCUCUUCGACGGCUGGAGACGACAAGCGAGGUUCACACCACUUUCACGAAGGUUGACAUCCUCAGUGGCACGGACGGGGCAGUGCCUGAGACCACGCAGUGCGUCAUCUCCUCGGCCGCGGCGGACAGCGUGGAGCACGUCGCGGAGUAUGCUGCUGCUGGGGCUGCUGGCGCGGGGGCGCUGCGCGGCUCGGCGGCGGCUCUCGACGGCUCGGGCGCGCUGGGCGCACAGUGCGCGGGCGCGCUGGGCGACGACGAGCGCGACACUCAGGUGGUAGCAGCCUCGGAGGCGCUCGGCCUGGAGAAGGACUCCUUCGACGGCUCGGCCGCGCUGGACGUCGCGGUCGAGGGCGCGCUGGGCGACGACGAGCACGACGCCGAGGCUGCAGCUGCUGCGGAGGCGCUCGGCCUAGCGAUGGGCCUCGGCAGCUCGGGCACGCUGGACGACGGCCUCCUGGGCGCGCUGGGCUUCGGCGCUGAGGCGGCUGAUGCUGGGGAGGCGGGCAGAUCGCUGGCGGUUGUCGACGGCUCGGACGCGCUGGGCGUCGACACCAAGGGCGCGCUGGGCGACGCGGAGCACGACGCGGAGGCUGCAGCUGCGGGGGCGGCGGACUGCCUUUCGGCGGGCGCCGACGGCUCGGACGCGCUGGACGUCGACCCCGUGGGCGCGCUGGACGACACCGCGCACGACGCCGAGGAGGCUGCUGCGGGGGUGGCGAGCGGCUCGGCCGCGGCCGGUGGCGUGUCGGGCGCGCGGGGCGGCCACGCCGCGACGGCACUGGGCUCGCUGGGCUUCGCCGAGCGCGUCGCCCGCCUCCUGGCGGCGGCUGGCGCGCGUGGGCAGCAGGCCCCUGGCGCAGCCGCACCCAGCCUGGACGAGCGCGACGGCGCCAUUGCCUCGGCCGAGCUCGAGGGCAGCGGGCGCGGCGCCGAGGCAGCAGCAGCGGGGGGCCCUGGGAUCCUCGGGCCGCACCGAGCGUACGAGGGCAAGGACGUGGGCAAGGUGGCGGCCUCGGCGGCCGCGUGGCCGCGCUGGACGGCGGCCGCCCACGGCGUCGAGGCUGCCGCUGCUGCUGCGUCGCCGCGGGCGGAGCGGGCCAGAGCCGACUCCGAGGAGUCGAGAGAGGGCGCGGUGGCCAGGGCUGCGGCUUUCAAGCAGCUCGUCGCGCUGGCGCAGAGGUCGUGA